GAAUAACUUUCUACAUAAAACACUUUCAUGCUAAUUCUCAGCUCACACUCGGAUUUUGGGGAAGCCAGAAGGAGGACUGCGAUCCGACCAUCGUCGCUGCGAGAUUUCUCCGUAACCAUCUUUUCAUCCGAUUGCACUGGAAUCCCAUUCAUUUAGAGGUCAUCCAACCGCUGUCCUUUCCUGCCCGUCUUCAUUAACAGAAACAAAAAGAAGUUGCACGAAGCGACAUCAGACUGUCUCACCAUGUCCGGAGCAGAAGGCCAUUUCGCUGACCAAGCUGAAUUGCUUGCAAGCCUGCCCAGCAGCCCAGAAGAGAUGUCUGGAGCGGAGGCAGCGAGCGCAGGGUCCCCAGAGGGGGAACCUGGGGUCCAAGAUCGGUGCCCACCCGACCACACCUACGCCGAGAGUCAAGGUUUGGAUCCUGUAGCCUCCAGAGACGAACGCAACGUGGAAAGCCUAGAGGGCCUUGAGAACUUAUUGCUGAAUCAUAGACACCAUUCAGAUGGGCCUGAGGAGGAAGGGGAGGAAGGGCACGGGGAGGAGGAGGAGGAUGAAGCUGAAGGUCUGGCUGAGGCACGUUUUCAGUGCCAUGAGACCGACCAGAUCCAGUAUUUAUCUGAUCAGGAUCGGGCCCUGGAGGAGUGGGUGGCCUCCGAAACAUCCCCACUGCCCCGACCUCGCUGGCAAGUGCUCACUGCCCUCCGUGAUCGCCAGCUGGGUUCGAGACCCCGCUUUGUCUCUGAGGCCUGCGGGGCGAGAGCCUUUGUGCAGCGCUUCAAACUGCAGCAUGAGCUUGAGGGUCACUUGGGGUGUGUCAAUUCCGUGCACUUUAACCGGCGUGGCACCUGGCUGGCCAGUACCAGUGAUGACCUGAAGGUGCUGGUGUGGGAUUGGGCACGUGGGAAGCAGGUACUGAACUAUCGCAGUGGCCACAGAACCAAUGUCUUUCAGGCCAAGUUCCUCCCCAAUUCUGCUGACUCUGUUGUAGCCACGUGUGGCAGUGAUGGGCAAGUACGUAUCGCGGAGCUGGCCUCCAUGCCCCAUUACAAGAUUACCAGGCGUGUGGCCCAGCACAAGGCAGCCGCCCACAAGUUGGCCCUGGAGCCAGACUCCCCCUAUAAGUUCCUGAGUUCCGGUGAAGAUGGCAUGGUCUUCGCCAUUGAUCUCAGAUUACACCAACCGGCCUCACCAGUGGUGGUUGUCAGAGACAGGGAGAGCAAAGUAGGGCUGUACAGCAUUUCUGUGAACCCUGCCGAUGUCAAUCAGUUCGCAGUGACUGGAAGAGAUCAGUUUGUUAGGAUUUAUGACCAGAGAAAGAUUAACCCGAUUGUGAACAAUGGUGUCCUCAAGAAAUUUUGCCCCCAUCAUUUGCUCGACAAUCAAAAAAUAAGUGUCACUUGCGUGGUGUAUAGCCAUGAUGGCACAGAGCUCCUUGCUACUUACAACGAUGAUGAUAUUUACCUCUUUAAUUCCUCUGAUGAGGAAGGAGCCCAGUAUGUUAAGAGAUACAAGGGCCACAGGAAUAGUGCCACCGUGAAGGGGGUCAAUUUCUAUGGCCCCCGAAGUGAGUUUAUAAUAAGUGGUAGUGAUUGUGGGCACAUCUUUUUCUGGGAGAAAUCAUCCUGCCAGAUAGUCCAGUUCCUGGAAGCAGACAGGGGAAGGUCAGUUAAUUGCCUUGAGCGCCAUCCUUACCUACCUGUGCUAGCGUCCAGUGGCCUAGAUCAUGAAGUCAAGGUCUGGGCCCCCACAGGAGAAGGUCCCAGUGAUUUUAGCGGAUUAAAAACCGUGAUUAAGAAGAACAAGCUGGAACGAGAUGAUGACAGCUUGAAUGAACACAGAAUGUUUGAUAGCCACAUGCUUUGGUUCCUCGUGAGCCACCUGUCACAGAGAAGGCGUUCCUGGGAAAAUUCUCAAGUUGGAGGCCAGGCUGAAGAAACCAGAGAUUCGUCCAGCACCUCAGACUCAUCCGAAGAAGAGGGGAGCCAAGACCGUGUGCAGUGCAUAGCUGCUUGAAGACAGUACACUCUCCCCGUACAACUCCAGAGAGUUGAUUUCGAAAUUCCACUUGACUAAUAGAAAGUUGCCUUUUGUUUUCUAUCCAUUUUCUAAAAGUUAAAGACCAUCUCUUCCCUUUCCUCACAUUCUUCCUCCUUUAUUCCUUUCCGUUCACUUGAUUUCUUUACUCCUAAUGUAGUAUAAGCAGUUGAUAGGCCUUUUUUCCAUUGCCCGUUCUCUUAUGGUUGAUGAAUAAAAUUUCAUAGUUGUGACGAACAAUGUAAAACUUCAUUGGCCCCGCUUUUCCGACCUGCUGGAAUCCAUUAGUUUAUAAAUUUAAAUUAAACUGUUGACUUUAAUGCUCAAGUUCCUUUGUGGAACCAAGAAUUGCAGAAAUAUGUUUAUACUGUAGAAGUAAAACAUGGUUUUGUUUCUUGAAUACUUGCACUUUUCCAUAAACACCGAACACACACCCACAGACAGUCUCAAACACUCACCAAAAUAAAGGGAGUAAAUAGUUUCCUUAACUAGAUAACUCAUUCUCCUGAGCGAAAUAGUUGAGAAGCUUUAUGUUUGGGGAAGUUUUCAUAUGUUUCGAUAUGUUAAUAUUGCUUACUCUGAAUAUAUUGAUGGGUAAUUAGAAGCUAAAAUUGAUGUAAUAGCCUUGUUUACACUUUCAAUAUUCAUAAUACUUUAUUACCGAAAACUUAUGUAGGAUUACUUUCCAGAAAGUGCCCUUCAGAAGACCAUCUCCUAAAAGUAUUCCUUUUGUUUGAAAAUGUAUAAUUGGAUUAACUUGGAAAAUAAUUUACUGUGAAAAUAUGGAGUUCAUUAUGUUCAGAUAAAGCUGUUUGCUAUCUUUGAAAGAAAAAGAAACUUCCACUAGACAUCCAUGUAUAGUUUAAAAGUUCUUUAACCCUUUUAUGUUGUUAAAUCGGUUUUAAAACUGUUUAUCUAUUAGGCCCAUUUUAUGUAAAAUGCUGGAUACUGGAUAUCUCAAGCGUUGUUCAAUAAUAAUCAUGUUUUACCUUGA